UCAUGUCUUUUUUCAACUUUUUUUCGCAACGAUACCGAUAAUUUUAAAUUAAACAUACAUCUAAAUAAUUCAGUAAAAUUAAUAGUGCACGUUGUAAAAACAAGGAGCGCAGUGCCAAGUUUUAUCUUUAUACAAGUACAUAUUUGGCAAUAAAAGCUGUCUGCCAUGGCUGUCUAUUGUAUUUAACUUCUUGGGCUGUGAAAAGGCGAAUUAAAUCCAAUUAUAAUGUUAAAAUGACGCCAUGUGUAUUUUAAAUUAAAAAUCGGAAUGGUUUCUCCCUCCACUGCCCGGGGAGAAUUGGGGUCGGACACCGGAAGCGAUUGUUUGGAUUACCGGAAAGGACGGAUUAUUGUGACGGACCGGUCUGAUACAGUUGGUAAUUUUAUCUUGAGUGCUCUCGCUCAUCUUGUGCUUUAACCAUUGUUGGCUGACCCCUCAUGGUGAAGAUGAGAUGAAAUGGAAGUUCUUCGGCCAACGCUGAUCAAUAUUGACGGACGAAUUUACCGCAAAAAUCAUGUCAAAGAGCAGGUGUACCAGAAUGAAGAAGAGGAAGACUUUACUCACUCGGGCGUUGUGGACUGUUUGGAUGAGCCCUGUGACUCGGUACUUAUAGAGCAGACAGACCGAGGCUAUCGAUGCUCCAUGGCUGUGCCUAGUGCUUUUUACAAAUACAUAAUUGGGAAGAAAGGGGACACCAAACGAAGACUGGAAAGUGAGACACGAACUUCCAUAACCAUUCCUAAACCUGGAAUAGAGGGAGAGAUUGUUAUCACUGGGCAGCAGCGAGUGGGUGUCGCAUCAGCACAGACCCGAAUCGAGGUGAUGUUGGAGAGCUUCCGCAGAAAGCAACCCUUCACUCAUUUCCUGUCUUUUGCCGUUAAUCAACCCACUAUUCAGGAACAGUUUUUGAAGUUUAAAGAGCGUGUGUUGGAUGAGUGCUCCCAGGAUCAUGGAAUUGAUGGCAGUAUUUUCCAGAACCCAGCAAAGCUCCACCUGACGAUCGGAACACUCAUCCUGCUUAAUGAGCACGAAGUCACCAAAGCCGUUGAAUUGCUGCAGAAAUGCAAAGAGGACUUCAUCAACAACCUUACUGGUGGAAAGCCUCUCCUGGUGAGAAUGGAAGGGAUUGAAUACAUGAAUGAUGACCCAAGUAUGGUAGAUGUACUUUAUGGAAAGAUUGAAAUGAAGAAUGGAACAGACCAAUUGCAGCUGAUUGCAGAUGGACUGAUGGAGCGAUUUGUUGCUUCUGGACUGAUGGAGAAGGACUGGGACAGGGUAAAGCUUCAUGCUACUUUGAUGAACACUCUUUUCAGAAGGGACCCAACAGUGGAAGGUCGAACCAGUACUGCUUUGGGGAAGCAGAAUUUCCGUGAAAGGGAGUCCUUUGAUGCAAGAAAUGUACUGAAGAAAUGUGAAAAUUACCAUUUUGGCGAAGUGGAGUUGAACUCUGUGAACAUCUCCCAGAGGUUCUCCACUGAUAGUUCGGGAUUCUAUUCUUGUUCUGGCACCAUUAACUUUUCGUAAGAGCAUGGGAGUGUUGGAUGAGCGUGUCUCCGGGAUAAUAUUCCCCCACCAGAUGAGUCUUGCAGCACAACUUGAACAGACAGCGAGACAAACUCAACUCACCAGUUAAGUCACUGGUGGCAUGCUAUAUUCUCACUGGGGGAUCUAUAUCCUCAUUUUUUUUAUCUGGAGCUAAGAUGUGACCUCACAAGAACAUCCUGCUGGAACAGUUGUGAUGAUAUAUCCGUGCCUGCAAGUGAAGACCUGUUUUCACACCGUAAGCCCCUUGCAUUUUUUCAAAAGUCUUGCUGGACUUUCACAGUAAAUAUUUGCAGUGAUAAAUUCCUGCUGAAUGUUUCUUGACUCGGGGUGACAUGUCCAUGUUAAAAAUGGAACAUUUUCCAGUUUGCUCAAAUCAACUUCCAGUUCAAGUAUAAUGUGGUCAAAGGUAAAGGUCCAUUUAGAGAACUGCACCUCAAGAGAAUACCUUCAUACUGCAUCUUUUUGAUGUUUUAUUUUCCAUACCUUGCCUCAGUCAUUCUAUGCUCCCCAAAUCAGAUUGCCUUUUGAUUUUUGAUUUGGUCGGAAUUGAGAUUGGCCACAUGUAUUUUGUGGAUGACCCUUUGGGGCCAACAGGCCAGGGAAGCUGUUUUCAAGGUUAUAGUCCAUCCAGACUAGACUCAAAAUGAAAAUGCAGAGACCAGAGUGCUGUUCCUGUUUAACCUGAUCCCCUGAUUGCUGUAAGUGUCUGUCUAUUGAAUGGUUGCAGCAGGUACAUUGUCGCAUUGUGUUGUGAGAAGGUAAUAGUGGAGCCUGGCAGAUGUGGGUAUCAUGUAGCAAAUAAAUCAUUGCAGACAAGCAAAGCCUAACUUAAUUCCCUGCAGAAUUUAGUCUGUUUUGGAAUUUUGUCUUUUCUUGUCCUACAACAGACAUAAUUGUGAAAAUCCAGGGCAAGGUACAAGGUAACCAUUUGGAAAUAUGAACCCAACCUUACACGGCAGGUUCCCUGGAGGGAAAAGGAAAGAAUUAAAUGAUGCAUAUUAUUGACCAGGUCACUGCAACUGGCUACACAUAUGCACGCACACACUCGCACACACACCUGCGCACACUCGCAUGCACACAGAUGCUUGUCAAGAUUCCCUUUGCCUAAUUUCCACAAUAAAACCAGGAAUUAUAAACCUACUGUGUGGACACAUAGACAUACCCUGCAGUUUUGGGUGUCAUAUGUUAAGUAUGGCGUGAAAAAUUCCAAACUUCCACUGCAGACACUAACUGAUCCUAGUGCAUUGAUUGAGAAUUUAUUCAACAAUAAAUCGAAGUGCCAAAAAUAUCCCUUUCCUAAAACCACAGGCUGACAAAUUUAAACUGGAUAAAGCAAGUAUGAAAUUCUGUGAGAAUGCUUGUACCUGACCGUUAUAGUCCAAAAAGAGACGGAUUCUUCCUUUUGGGCACUGGCUGCAGUUUGAAAAUCACCCUUGUGGGGCAAGGUCCUCGUUCGUAGUGGUUGGUUUUCUGAACGUCAAAGGGAGACUGGGCCCAAAUCAACUUGGCUUUUUGAUCCAAUUUAUUGUCAAUUUAUUACAAAUGCGCCUGUAAAGAGAGGAAGAGAGAGUGCAAUACAGCACCACAAGGGCAGAUGGUCAUGAAUGCCACAAAGUGGCUUGUUGUUCCUUACACAUCUUUGAAAUGUAGCCCUUGCUCCUAUUCUGGCAAUGGUUCAAUUGUAGCUUUCUCAUCAUUGUUUUUAGAUUCCUCUCUGACCAAUCCCCAUGCCUGCAGCCCUGUAACAAAGUGAGAUCUCUGUAUACCCACAGUGGGCAAUUUUUACAUGCACUGUUUAAUCAAUCCACCUUUGGCUGUUCUGUUUUUAGCUGCCUGGGACCUAGCCUCUGACAAACUCUCCCUAAACCUCUCUGUCUCUCUCUUGGAGUACUGGAAAUGGUUAGUGGCCAUGUUCUGAAUCACAAGUGUAUGUGUCAUUCUAGCUGUCAUCAAACCUACCUUGUGAUAUCAAUAGGGGUUAUUUUCGCCGCAUCAGGGGCCCAAGGCACCGUUGCAGAACUGAUUCUCGAUGCAAUUCUACGUUUUAAAUGCAUCAUUAGAUCCAAUUUGCAGCCAAGCCACCAUCUGCUGGAGCAUUUAAAACAAAUGAGCUUUCUGCUGUUGCUGCUGCUGUUCCUAGCUGCCACUUUGCCUCCCUCAGCAGUUCGAUACGUUCAUAUGAAUUGAAGAUAAUUAUUGUCAUCACUGUCGCUGUGUCAGCAGCGGGGGGAAAAGUGGUGGAAACGAAAGCAAAAUAAUGCGGAGGCUGGAAAUUAAAAACAAAAUACUGGAAAUCAGUCGGCAUGUUAGGUAGCAGCCGUCAAGAGUAAAAGAGAGUUGAUAUUUCAGGCUAAUGACUUUUCAUCAGAACCGGAAGAUGUUGGGAGGCAAAGAGCGUUAUGAACAAAUGCAGGGACGGGCUAAAGGGGUAAUCUGAGCUGACUGGUAUUGUGGAGAGCAAGAUUAAAUAGCAAAAAGGAAAAGUGGCACAAGACAAAUUAGGGAAAGGAUGUAAGAAGGAACGAGGGGAGGUAUAAACAGUUGUAGGAGAAUAGUGGAAGGUGGAGAAAGUGUUAAAAAUCAUUCAAAGAGAAGGGUACGUGGUAGGGAAAGUUGGAUGGAACCCAGAACUCUGACUCUUCCAGCAGCUGUAGGAAUGGAAGGGGAUCCCCACCCUGAGUAUCCAAGUGACACACCUCUGUCACUUCUAGUGGUGUUGCUGAGCCAUCCUGCGUUACCAGCUGUCUGACAAAAGAAAAUGACAGCGGUGAUUAAGGUCUAAAUAAGGUCCAUGUCCAAUGUUAUUAUUGAACGUCUGCGAAGUGCCUAGUAAGAAAGAUGAGAUGCAAUUUCUGGAGUUUGUGUUUUGAAAAAUAGUGAUGCCCCUUUUUAAAUGGCUCUACACCUGCCAUUAAAGACCUUCAUGCCCUCCUACAGGGGGUCAGUUAGCUCAGUUGGCUGGUUUGUGAUGCGGAGUGAUGAGUGAAUGAGUUCAAUUCCUGCACUGGUUCAGGUUGUUAAUGCUCUGUCUCUUCCCCUCACCCAAUGUAUGGUGACCCUCAGGUAAGCCACUACCAGUUGUCUGUCUCCAAUGAGAGAGCAGCCCUAUGGUCCAUUAAGACAAUGGAGACUUUGCUCCAUUAUGGGAUUAAAAAGGUAAUGAGAGAGAUUAAGAGUCUGAUGAGAAUGAAUCUCAAAAAUCCCAUUUCUCCAAAUCGAAAUGCAAAACACUCGCACUCAUAUAGUUGGUCAACCUUUGUGAGAGUAAUUUUACCGCACAGUUUGCAGUGGUUCAAGAAAGUUCAUCAGCCACUUCAGAAGGGCUAGUGCUGAGAAUGGACAGUAAAUGCCCAGUGACAACUGCAUCCUGAUAAUUUUUUUUUAGAAACCUAUCGCAGUUGACUACCAACUUUUGAAUGCACCUUGUUCAAAUAGUUAGCAUGUCACUCUUUGCCAGCUGCUGGAUGUUACUGUUUGAUUUAUUUGUUCCAAGAAUCUGUCAUAGCCACACUCAUGAGCCAAAGGGUGUUUGAUUACCUUGCCAUUCCAUCUCUCGGAGCAUUCAAUUGAGCAUGCCCCUUGGGACUCAAGUCGUGCUUAUGCUAGAUCAGACUGGGGUGCAAGUGAGUCAGGAUAAAGCAGUUUGGUUUUUAUCGCAACCUAGCCGUUUUUAAUGUUAGCCAGAGUCAGUUUUCACAUAUAUUGAAUUAUAACUGCCACAAUGCUUCUGAACUCCAGUCUGAAAUGCUAUUGCAGUACUAUAAACACCCACUCCACCAUACCCUGAGAUAAGAAUCAUAAUAUUAAACUUCUAUUAACGUGUGUCUGUUGUGCUUAUUCAGUGAAUGAAGGUCACAGUCUGUCUCCAAAGUCCAUAAGCCUUUAGGCAUUCCCAUAGCAUCUGCAAAAAUAAGUGUCUUCCUUACAUUUUGGUGUCAACAUUAAUUAAUUAAUUCUGAGCAAUUUCCACCAUUUCACUGCAAUAAACUCUGUCUCACAUAUCUGUCUGACUCUGUUGGAGCCAAGCACUGCCUAUAGCUGUGUUCAGAUCUACAGUAAUUGUUGAGCCAAUGUAAUUUCUGGAGCUCCAUUAAUGUUUCCAGAUUGAUGUUUAUUGGAAUCCAUUAUUAAGAUAUUUAAACUGCCAGAGAAAAUUGGCAGGAAGAACAAAAUAAUAAAGAUGUUCUGCCUGAA